AUGAUAGAGCAGAAUCGACGUGAGGUCAUGAGUUCCCUGAGAUUGCCGCUACAGGAAGACGGCGGAGCUCUGUCUUCCACCUACAACGCCAUAGGCAAGAUAUUCAGGAUUGCCACUAUUAUGAAUGGGCUUGUUCUAAUCGGAGUUGCAGUAAGCUUCAUGCUUCUGCCAAUCGAGGCAUCCCUCGAGGAAUCUGAGUGA